AAUAAAUAAUACCCAAUAAAAAAAGUUUUUGUUUCCUAUAUGUACAAGGCUUCUCUCUAUUUCACCUCUCCAAAUCACACCAGGUGGGCAGAACAGAGGGAAGAUCUGAUGUACUCGCUGGUGGAUCUUUAUUUAACGCAAGAUCAUGAUGGCCCUUGAAAACCAAGAAACUAUUCAAAGGAGCUGUGAGGCAUCUUUUAAAUGCCUCCAGACUAAGGGAUUUCCUUACGGGAAUCCAGUAGAUAUCUUUCCAGAGCUUAAAGAGGAAAUAAGUGUUCACCUAGGUGGGGAUGUUGUGGAACCAGUUCACGCGGUAAAUAGUGAAUAUCUUGAAAUUCCGAGUGAAUUUCACACCAAACCUACCUACCAUCAUGAUUUUGGUUCAUGGUCGACCUUCUAUCCUGACUCUCAAAAGGUGCAGCAGUUCCAAGUUAAUUCCUUUGAGAGCCAAUAUUAUCCCUUUCCUAUGGAAACUCAAUUUCCGUAUGCCCCAUAUAAUAUGUAUUCUCAAGGCUACCCAUAUGAGCUACACUUCCAAGAUUUUCAGUAUUUUGUAGUAAUCGACUUUGAGGCUACUUGUGACAAGGAAAAAAAUCCCCAUCCACAAGAGAUAAUUGAGUUUCCAUCUGUCAUUGUGAGCAGUGCAACUGGCCAAUUAGAAGCAUGUUUCCAGACAUAUGUGCGGCCAACUUGCAAUCAACACCUAAGUGAUUUCUGCAAGGAUCUGACUGGCAUCCAGCAAAUCCAGGUAGACAGAGGUGUUACUCUUAGUGAGGCACUUCUCAGGCAUGACAAAUGGCUUGAGAAGAAGGGGAUUAAAAACACCAACUUUGCUGUAGUAACAUGGUCAAACUGGGAUUGCCGGGUGAUGUUGGAAUCUGAGUGUCGAUUUAAGAAGAUCAGGAAACCCCCAUAUUUUAACAGGUGGAUCAACUUGAAAGUUCCUUUCCGCGAUGUAUUUGGCGGUGUUUGGUGCAAUUUGAAGGAGGCUGUGGAGAUGGCAGGCCUAGCAUGGCAAGGCCGUGCUCACUGUGGCCUGGAUGAUGCCAAAAACACUGCUCGCCUACUCGCUCUCCUCAUGCACAGAGGGAUCAAGUUCUCCAUCACAAACUCACUGAUGUGGCAAACAACCGAUUGUUCAUUGGCAUGGAAGCCGUCCCCCGACAGCCAGCCCUCACCCUAUCAACCCUACAAAAUGAAGGAAGUGCAAGUUCCAGUUUUGCAAUAUUUUCCUAUAUGUUACUGUGGAGUGAAGAGCAGCAAAGCCAUGAUCCGUAAGCCUGGGCCGAAGCAGGGAAGCUAUUUUUAUGGCUGUGGCAACUGGACUGCUGCUCGAGGUCCUCGCUGUCAGUACUUCGAAUGGACAUCUACCUGAUUAAAAUUAUCGAAAGACUUCAUUAUCUUUCAUGGUUUCGUCCUAAACUUUAUAGGAUGUCAUAUGUAAAAAAAAAAGAACUAAAAAAAAAAAGAGAAGGCGGUGGGGUUGUCCUCAACGGCUAGGGAUCGUUGGCUCAGUUGCUCGAGUGUGUUCUGAUGAACAUUUAAAGUAGGGGAGCUACAACUUGUAAAGCUGACUUAUUGUUGACAAACUGGGAAUGCUGAAAAGAAUGGGUAGUUAGGAUAUGGAUUUUACAAGCCAGACUUGGUAAAUUAUCUUUUAUCAUAAAUUAUCUUGUGAGUGAGAUAGAGACUGUUGAAGUUUCCUAUGGAUUUCUAAUGGUAAUAUGGGCAGAAUUCUUGCCCUUAGUUUGCUA